CCUCAUCCCAUCUCACCCUCAAAUAAACUUCUGUCGAUCUUCAGCCUCCCUUUUCCGUUCUAUUGAUUUUCUUCUUACUUUUGAGCGCCAAGGAGUUGUAACUGGAGGCGUCUUUGAAGUGAUCAUAUCCCCUAUCGUCGCGCUCCAAAAUGACAAAAAAGAGCUGGAAAUCCAAACCACCCCGCUAUCAAGAUGAAGAUCCCGAUCAACCCCCUCCUUACACUCACACCCCAGAAGAAACGACACCCCUUCUCUCAGAAAAUUCAUCCUACCCAUCCUCAUGCUACGCCUCCUCCUCUUCCUCACAGCCUCUCUCAACACCAUCCUCCACCUACGCCCCUUCAACGUCCGGCUCCUCCAGCCUCCCCUCCGACUUCCCAAAGAGAAAUCGUACUCUCCGCCGCGCAUUUCGCGAACUGAGAAGGGACUAUCUCAUCGCGACGUACCAUCGCGCACUUGAUGUAGUCUCUGCACGUGGAUGGCGACCGGGGCUUAGUUGGCCGGGCUCUGUCUCUCCUUCCCACUCACCUUCUCAAGCUGGAGAAGAGGAAGAGGAAAGAAGGGGAUACUUGGCUCGACGAAGAGGGGGAUGCUCCCAGACCUGGUGCUCUCAGACUCGCAAAAAGAGGAGAAGGAGGAGGGUUAUCUUGUGUUGUAAUUUGUUGUUUUGGGUUCUUGUUGCGCUUUUUAUUGCAGUGGGGGUUAGGCGGUGGGGGUAUUUUGGGGGGAGAGCGCAGUUGCCGGGGAGGAGGGAGACGCUGAGGGUUGGGAUUGUUGGUGCUGGCCCCGCCGGAGUAAGUGCAGCACACACACUCUCCAGCUCCUUCAAAUCCAAAGACCUCAACCUCGAAAUGGUACUCUUCGAACAGAAACCUCAGAUAGGAGGACGACUAGUGCUCAACCCUUCUUUUCCAAGGGAACAUCUGGGGAGAAAGAUUCAUGCCGAAGACCUUGCUGCCAGUGAGGUUGGUGGUAAUAUCUUGCGGGAGAGAGCAAGGAAUGUUCUGGGCAUUGAAUUCGGGCAGGAAGGAGAGGCUAGAGGGAAGGAAGUGGGCUUCUUCGACAGUGGAAGUGUGGUAGCCAAGCUCACUCGACCACUCUCCGAGAUGAGCUGGGGCGCGUGGCUAGGCCUGGUAUGGAAGUAUAAGUUCUCGUUCUUGAAUGCGAAGGAACUGCCUAAAGGAACGAUGAAGUCUUUCGAAAGGUUUCUGACAAGUAGAGAGACUUUUGAGAGCGUGAGCCAUAUGGUCAAGGCUGCGGGGAUCGAGAGGCCUGUGGGGUUGAGUGCAGCCGCGAGGUUGGCUGUCAAUGGUGUUGGUGGAGAGUAUGUCCAUGAAGUUAUUUCUCCCCAAGUUCUAAGACAGACUGGGCAGGAUGCGACGGAGUUGAGUGAUCUUGCAAUUUCGAUGGCGUUGGAGAAGGAGGAUCAGGUUUCUGGUGGGGAUGGUGGGAGUUUCGAAGGCGUUUUGGAGAAGUUCAUUGAGCGGAGCGGAGCUGCGCUGAGGCUGGACACCGAGGUUACUGGCCUGAAGAGAGAGUUGGUUGAUGACGGGAAAGAGGCUUGGGUUCUCGAGCUCAAGAAACCUGGACACCACGCCCUUGAGUAUGAGGUAUUCGACCAUGUUGUCCUUACCGGCCCCAGCUCGCUGCUGCCCAAGCACAAACAUCCCGAAGACGAAGUAUAUUACCGCUCUUUAUGGGUUACCUUCCUCCUCUCAACCAAAGAACUCAACAAAGAGUAUUUCGGAAGCUCCGAGGAAAUGCCACCACAGGUCCUACCCAUACAGUCAAAAAAUCUUCCAUCCGAACUCGAGGGCAUCCAUGAGAUAUCUUACGUAAGAAAUGUGUUUGGACCAGAUGUCAACACAGAAGCUGUCAGGAAGCUUUACCGUAUCUUCUCUGAUCGAUCGCUCGCAAAGGAGAACAUCUUAGCCUUUGGGGAAGCAGGGGUCUUGGAAAUGUGGGAGGAAAAUAUUGGAAAUGCGUAUCCUCUAAUGUGGCCAAGAAAUGGGAAGUUUGGGGAAUUCAAGGGAGAGGAGGGGCUGUGGCGUACAGGUGUUAUUGAGGCGAUUGGGAGUUCAGUUGAUUUGAGCUGGGUUGCGGGCGAGAAUGUUGCGAGGUUGGUUGCUAAGGAGGUGGGAAGGAAAAGAGCUUCAAGAAUCCGUUUCCACUGAUGUUGAAGGGAAGAAACAUUGGGAGCGCCGCGCUGUUGCAGCGGUCUCUGGUUCAACUGUUCAAGAAAAAACGGGCAACAUUUGAAUAUGUAAUUCAACCUUCCCCUCCUCACCAGCAACUUACAACCACAUUCAUGUCCACUGUUUCGUCCCAAAAAGUUUGUUGAUUUCGCAUGAUCCAUUAAACAUCUUCUGUUCUUCAAAUAGCGAGUUGUUAAGUGUGUAUGGUGUGCUUGCUGUUCUUUGAAUGGCGAGGUUACACGUAGCUUCCUCCAAAGACUUUG